AUGGCAACCACCGCAUUUCUGACGAUUAUCUAUAGGAUCAUUGCGGAAGCCAAGCGACGCUUCGACCUGUGGGCCACGGGCAAAGACCAAAAUGCGGUGCACACCAACUUGCGGUCGGUCAUCUUCAGCCUCAAUGUAUCAGAAGGCGGUCGGAAGGAAUACGAGGCCGUCAAGGAAGAAUACCUCCGGACGGAUUCGGUGGAUGGCAAGGAGAUUUGCCUGAGCGCGCUCGGCCGCACGAAGGAGCCGGCCCUGGUACAGGACUACCUGGACUUUGUCUUUUCUGACAAGGUGGCUAUCCAGGACAUCCACAGCGGUGCCGUGUCUCUGGCGGCGAACUCCAAGAUGCGCCACCUGUUGUGGAAGUAUAUGAAGGAACAUUGGGAUGCCGUGUCGACGCGACUGUCGGCCAGCAACGUGGUGAUUGAGCGCUUUGUGCGAAUGGGGCUCACCAAGUUCGCCGAUCACGCGACCGGCGAGGACAUUGCGUCGUUCUUCCAGAACAAGGACACGAGCGCAUAUCAGCGGGCGCUGGUGAUUGUUUCGGAUAGCAUCCGGACCAACGCGUGCUACCAGGAGCGGGAUGCGGCGAAGGUGGUGGAGUGGCUGCAGGCGCAUCGUUAUGCGUAA